CUUCCCUUGCUACUGGGUUACAAACACGGUUUAUAGAGCGUGGCUGGUGUUGCUAGGGAGCGCGAGGAGAGGACUAGUGAAACUAAAAGGUUUCUUCAUCAGCUAGCUACUGUACGUUAGGCUGCAACUGUCAUUAUUGUAGCCCUUUUCGCAAAUAGUGUCCCGAGGGGACAAGCUCAAUUUAUCCCGCUUUGCAGUGGAAGUGUGCCUUCCAACUUCUUGGUGUAACCCUACUAUCCCCUCCCUUUCCCCCUCUUGGUGUCUCCCUUUCCUUAAACUCUCUCUUGAGUCAAUCAGCAUGACAGCUGCCAAGCCCAAGGGACAGAACUCUCUGGCCCUCCACAAAGUGAUCAUGGUGGGCAGUGGCGGAGUGGGAAAGUCAGCCCUCACUUUGCAGUUCAUGUAUGAUGAGUUUGUUGAAGAUUAUGAACCAACCAAAGCAGAUAGCUACAGAAAAAAGGUUGUUCUUGAUGGGGAGGAGGUCCAGAUCGACAUCCUCGACACGGCGGGACAAGAGGACUAUGCUGCUAUCCGGGACAACUACUUCCGCAGUGGGGAAGGCUUCCUCUGUGUCUUUUCCAUCACUGAGGCGGAGUCGUUUGCAGCUACAGCAGACUUCAGGGAGCAGAUCUUGCGAGUAAAGGAGGACGAGAAUGUACCCUUUCUUCUAGUAGGGAACAAGUCCGACUUGGAGGACCGGCGGCAGAUCAGUGCGGAAGAGGCUAAGAUGCGUACUGAGCAGUGGGGUGUGUGCUACGUGGAGACAUCUGCCAAAACCCGUGCCAAUGUUGACAAGGUGUUCUUUGACCUGAUGAGAGAAAUCCGUGACCGAAAGAUGGAGGACAGUAAAGAGAAAAAUGGCAAGAAGAAAAGGAAAAGUUUGGCCAAGAGAAUUCGAGAGAGAUGCUGCAUUUUAUAGUUGAGGGUCAGUGAUGACUGUUUUAUGUAUGUGCCCAUAGCGACUCCUUAUUCUUGAUCCUGAUCCCCAGGGUUUCUGAUCUUGGAUUAGAACUGGUUGGUUGAAGAAAAAGUGCCACUGGCUGUGGUAACUCGUUCGUGAUUUGCUGGUUCCAUAGGCUGUGUAUCGCUUUAUGCUCUAAACUCCAAAAAUAUGCAGUCCCUUGUUCUAACCACGACUGACAUGUGUAAAAAAUAGCACAGACUUCAUGUGGCAAAAUCUUCUGGUCUUAGCUUCCCUUUAUAUGCUGAUUCAAAACUAAAUCUGAAUAAUACAUAAGCAUUUACACAAUUUACCCAUGGUCAUGUUAUAUGACUGAUGUUGGAUGACCCAAAACAGAAAAUGUUUAUAUUGUUGAGAGGGACCUUUUACAUUUGUCAUGAUUUGACACUGAAUAAAACUGACAAGACAAAAGUCUGCAUGUCUCCAGGGCUGGGUUUCCCAAAAGCAUCUUAAGACUUGGUUCAUCUUUAGAAAUUUUGUAAAAGCAUAAUUAUUGUUGAGAUAUUUCCUAAAACCAUUUGCCCUUGUAAACACUCAGUUUAACUUCUCUGGAAAACUCGUAGGGUUUUUGGAUUAAACAGAAUUGCUCAACAGAAUCUAUUCUGUUUGCCCAAUUAUUUUCUAACGUCUGAUCUGAUUUUUUAAAAGACCAGUUAGUACAAAAAUAUCAGAAUUGGGUCGCCUGUAUAAACCCAGCCUGUGAUUGUAAAUAACUUAGUUGAAAACUCCUAGCCCACAAAGUUUUUUUAUAUAUAUAUAUGUUACAAAUGGGAAGAAAGGAUUAACCAAAUCAUACUGAGAUUUUAGUUUUUAAUUCCAUUUUGUGAAUAGUAGGCUAAUUAGCUAUAACGUGCAAAAUCUGUUUAUUUAGUGUGCAACUGUAGGCCUAAGACUCUUCAGUGUGUAAGGUCCUAGGUAAUAGUCUUUGUAGAAGUUGAUCCUUUGUUAUUAAUGCAUAUCAAUAUAUCAUUGCUGAUCCUAAGUGAGCGCUGCUUUCUUUUCCAUCCUUUGUGGUGUUUUGGGAAACGUAGAAUGAUGCACUGCUACUACUCCCAAGUCCCAAUUCUUCAUUGCUGUUUGAAAACCCGGCCCUGAACGAGAUUUGAUUUUUAAUUGUAGUUUAGUGUAAAUUACAUUUGCUUGUAAAUUUGACAACAUUGCUAAAAUAGGAUAGUACUUCGUAGAAAAUAACCGAUAUGAACAAUCGAUAUGAUCAAUGUUGUCAUUAGCUAACAAUCAUUUAAACAUAGCUAGUGAUGCUGACAUUACAGUACUUAGCUAAAAUUCAGUUGACAAUUUUAACUAGCUUGUUUACAUUAUAUGCAUCUGAAAUAAUUCAGGUGAUAUCAAAAUUAUGUAAAAAGUUUAGCCACUAAUUAUUUCCAUUUAGUGAUGUAAUGUUGUUUUCAAGCUUUAGUUAUGCACUUUAGACCAAGUUUUCAUCAGCUCUUACUGAGGGGGUAUUGAGUAGGGACACAAAAAAUAAUUAGACAUCACACCUAAUAGAUUUGUUCAAUACUGUACUGUUCUCUACAUUUACUGCUCUCUGAAACCCAUUAGUAUAUCUAAACAUUUCUUUGAUCUUAGUUAUCUGUAACAAAACAUUUUAAUACUGAAAAUGGUGUUUAACUAAUUACUUCUCCAAAGGUUUUCUCUAAACAUUAUCAUCAUGUCAAAAUCGUGUGGUGACUGGUGGCUUUGCACCAAAGACAAUUACCAUUUUGGCCACUAUUGUUGGAGGAAACUGCAACAACAUAGUAAAAAUAGCAUUUACAUUUCAAGGCUUACUAUGCAACUAUUGAGUGAUGAAACACUAAAGACAUGUUUAGAAAAGUUGAGGGCCACUGACAUCGCUCAGUCUAACACUAAUGCCUUGAUGUCCAUUUUGAAUGUGAACAAGUACACCUCAAGCGCCCCACUUCUAGAUUGUCAGUUAAAUGCAAUGUUUUGAGUUUUCAGUGUAAUUAAACUUAGUAUUUUCUAUGUUAAUCUGAAAGCAUAUUCUCCUUUUUAACUGAACUAUAAAUUAAUUUAUUACCAAUCAUGUACAUCAGACUACAAAUUGUCCCCGUCUAUAAGCAUGCAUCUAAACUCACUGUACUAAUGUUAUAACUAGAAUUAUAACUAAAGCAAGUCAAUUCUCAAGAGAGUUGAAAAUUAUUCAGACAUUUCAAUGUUUCAAUAAAGAUUUGACCGCACAGCCCAAAGAAAACAGAAUUUUAAGCAAAUGCAUUUAAAUUAUUAUAGCUUAUUUAUUGUACACCUAACUAACCAUAGUCAUGUUGAUUUUGGCCUGGUUACUUAAAAUUAAGUAAGGGAUGUAGGUAAAUGAUUUCUGUGGGACUGUCUGGUUCAGGAUUUUGCUGCCACCAUGGGGCAUUUGUCAGAAUUUAGUCUUUUAGUUUCCAGGUGAAUAAACAAUGGAAAUCAACUUAAUGGUAAUAUAAAUGUAGAGAAUUGCCUCACUUAAGUGGAACAAAGAGCACAUGAAAAUGGGGCGUAACAGAGAAUGAAUAAUCAGCAAAACAAGAGUACAACAGCCUAAAUGAAUUGGCAGCAUGAUAUAUUUAAGCAGUGCCACUUAUUGUACAUUAAAACAUUCUGAUAAUAAACACUGAAAAAGAUCCCUAUUUUACACACAACACGAAAAAAGGAAUUUGCCGCCCUAUUGCAUGAGCAUACAAUUUGACUUAUUCACUGAUGUGCUAGCUUCGGAAACAGGUGAUAGACUUUGAAUGGCUGGGGGUCGGUGAGGAAAGGGUUGAAUAUCUCUGCCAGUUUGUGCUUGGCUCUACCCUCCUCUUUGCCAGGUCUGCCUAGUGUGCUUUAUUGGCUCCCAUUGUUAACAAAUAUGCCAUAUUGGGGUUAAUUAUAAUUAUUGUCUAUAUCCAUUCUAAAAACACUAACCAGAUGAGCUCAUUAAAUUAAUUUAUGAUUGGGUAGCUGGUCUUAGUUUUUUUUACUGUAUAGGUAAUGUCUAAGGGCUAACCUCUGUCUCAUAAUCUUGCUUUCCAUGGUGCUACUGUGUGUGUGUGUCCCUCUGUCAAAGCCCCUGCUGGGAAACAUAGAAAAACACUUUGAGACUGUUUUUUUUUAUUAGGUUAUUUGUGUAUCACUUGUCUUUUUCACAUUGGACAAGGCCAGAUUAGCACUACAUAGCUCAGUGUCACACAGCUAUAACAGUGAGUACAGUUAUAUAAACUAACAUUCCUUCUUAGGGUAUUGCGUAGGUAUGGUGCUCAAUACGCAUCUGAAUGACUGUACCCAUUAAAAUAGCAUGUAUCUUUCUAUGUUAGACAGUCUGGAAUACAGGAAGCAGUAUUAGUGGAACAAGGGUAGUUCAUAUGGCCAAACUUUGCUCGAUGGAAAAAUUUGAGGUUACACCCAUAUCUUAUUGUACACACCUGAUUGCAAUGCAAACAAUCCCCAUUUCAUCAGAACUGUCUGCUGAUUAGUACAUACCGUGGACAAAGUGCUACUUCAAAAUGUAACUUAUAGGAUAGUAACAUGACAUAAGAACUGUCGCUAAUGAAUAUGAUGAAUUGAAUAAAUAUUGUAAUAAAAAGGCAAGAGCUCCUCAAGCAAGGCUAGGUCAGGUUGGACCACUGUGUUUUAUUUGUUGCAGUAAUGUCAAUGCAAGUACAUUUCUUCAAAAGAAAGUGUAUGUGCUGCAGGUAUUCUUUUGUUUUACUGUAUUUUAAUAUCCUUUACUUUUAAAUUACAUUUUGUCUUUUAUUUAUAUUUUUUUGGAUCACCAUUUACUCAGCUUUAGAAGAGCUAUCUUAAUAUGAAUGUAUUGGUUGUUACUUUAUUGUUGUAAGUUAUUCUGUUGUUGUGUCCAUGUUUACUCCUUACAUCUCAAACAGAAUCACUAAUUAAUCAGUCCUACAGUGACUGGGUAUGUGAAUUGAAAUGCUGUAACUUUCACCUCAUGUUUUGUGAGCUACUGUAUUGGAUAGACAAAUAAAGUGAAUAUGUUGUAUAACA